UAAAGCACCAAAUAAAAGUUGCUUUGUAAUCACCCAAAAGAAGAGAAAUGCAUUAUUACUCUUCAAAGCUAGGAUUUUUCUAACAAAAUUAUUCUCUACCACAUGUGAUUGGUGGGUUUUGCUCCCUGAUUGCAUUUUAUUUUUUCUGGGGGUCUGAAUUUCUGAAUAAAGUUUCGAUCUUUAUUAGUGUUUCUGUGUUAAUCUUGAAGACAGAGGAAUCUUGAAGGAUUUUCCUUUGAUUUCAGCUGAAAGUGAUAUCUGAAACUUGAAAUUUGUUGCCUUUUCGUAGAUUGUCUUAUUACAAAUUGUGGGUUCUUGAGAUUUUGCAAAAAAGAUGGAUUCUUUUGAAGGUUCCUCUGAAGAUUGAAGCUGAAGAACUGAGGUACUCAUGGUUUUUUUGGGAUUUUGAAUAGUUCAAACUAUUAGAAAAUUGGGGGUUUUGCGGCAGUUCCUAUUUAUUUAAGAAACCCUUGAUGCUAGAGUGGAAAUUCAUAGAAGAUUGGUCACAAAUUGUUUAGAGUUGCUGAGAUUUAAGGAAGUGAAAGGGUUUGGGGAUUGAAAUUAAGGGGUGUGUUAAUAAUGGAGAAACAGACUAGUUUCCGGAGUCCUAUAAUUGAGAAACAACAGAGUUUUCGAAAUGGGGCAAUGGAGAAGCAGAAGAGCUUUAGGGGUUUGAUGGAGAAGCAGAAGAGUUUCAGGAUAGCAAUGGAGAGACAGAUGAGUUUUGGUGGAGACCGGAAAAAGAGCAAGGAUUCUCCGGGGAAACGAGGAGACACCCCGCUCCAUCUUGCUGCGCGGCCAGGGAAUUUGGCGAAGGUGAAGGAGAUUAUUCAGAAGAUGGAGAGUAUCAACAAUGGCGUGAGGGAUUUGCUGUCGAAGCAGAACCAAGAGGGCGAGACGCCUCUGUAUGUUGCUGCGGAGAAUGGGCAUGUCUUGGUUGUGGGGGAGUUCUUGAAGCAUUCGGAUGCAGAGACUUCUGCAAUUCCAGCCAAUAAUGGCUAUGAUCCAUUCCAUGUGGCUGCCAAGCAGGGUCACCUUGAGGUCUUGAAGGAGUUACUCCGAUUCUUCCCCAGCUUGGUGAUGACGACAGACAUCACCAAUUCGACUGCCUUGCAUACAGCAGCUGCUCAGGGGCACACCGAUGUAGUAAAGCUGCUUUUAGAAACUGAUUCAAACCUAGCUAAGAUUGCUCGAAACAAUGGCAAGAGUGUGCUUCAUACCGCGGCAAGAAUGGGGCACUUGGAAGUGGUGAAGGCUCUGUUAGAUAAAGAUCCAAGCAUCGGCUUUAAAACUGACAGGAAAGGUCAGACAGCGUUACACAUGGCCAUCAAAGGGCAGAAUGUGGAGAUUGUAACAGAGCUCAUAAAACCCGACCCGUCUCUGUUAUCUGUUGAAGAUAACAAGGGAAAUACUGCACUUCACAUCGCGACAAAAAAAGGGCGGAAUCAGAUGGUGCAAUGUUUACUAUCCGUGGAGGGGAUUGAUGUGAACUCGACUAACAGUGCUGGAGAGACGCCUCUAGACACUGCGGAGAAGUUUGGAACUCCGGAGCUGGUCACCAUAUUGAAGGAAGCAGGAGCCGUUCAUUCCAAAGAUCACGGGAAGCCCCCGAGUUCGGCGAAGCAGCUUAAGCAGACGGUUAGUGAUAUCAAGCACGACGUCCAGUCCCAGCUCCAGCAGACCCGUCAGACGGGUUUCAGAGUACGGAAGAUUGCAAAGAAAGUGAAGAAGCUUCACAUUGAGGGUCUCAACAACGCCAUCAAUUCCGCCACUGUCGUCGCUGUUCUCAUUGCUACUGUCGCGUUUGCUGCUAUAUUCACCGUGCCUGGUCAGUACGUCGAAGGUCCACAGGAAGGGUUUUCGUUAGGGGAAGCUCACAUCGCGAACAAAGCAGCUUUUGUUAUAUUCUUUUUGUUCGACAGCGUGGCCUUAUUCAUCUCCCUGGCCGUGGUCGUGGUACAAACAUCUGUGGUCGUGAUAGAGCAGAAAGCGAAGAAGCAACUCAUGUUUGUCAUAAACAAGCUCAUGUGGCUGGCUUGCCUCUUCAUAUCCAUCGCUUUCAUCUCACUCACCUACGUCGUGGUCGGAGCUCACGAGCAAUGGCUUGCCGUGUGCGCUACUGUGAUUGGUGGCACGAUAAUGAUGACGACAAUUGGCUCCAUGUGCUACUGCGUGGUUCGACAUAGGAUGGAAGACUCGAGAAUGAGAAACAUAAGAAGAAGUACUCUUUCUCGUUCCCUCUCUCUGUCUAUGGCGUCCGACACUGAGAUGUACAGUGAAAGAUAUAAACGGAUGUACGCCGUCUAGACCACAUUCGUGUUCAUGAGAUACCUCUGGAGGCGAAGAAUAGGCUACUCCAACGCGAUCUCCCUGUAAGUACUACAAGCUGCUCACCCGGAACUACAUCUCCGUUGCCCUGUACGUAGAAUGUUCCACGCUGUCUAUGCACUGUGGUAGAGUAUAUUUUUGUAAUUGAUGUUUCCUAUGUUUGAUUCAUCAUAUUAUAUGAAAUAAAGCCUGAUUUUGAAA